AUGCAUUAUGUUCCAAUAAAUCGAGGGCAAGAGCAAUCUCCUUCGUCUCCUGCUCCAUUUCAUAAUUCUAGUACAUUGUAUAUCAAUCAAGAAAGACCUGUUUUACAUUUACCUCGACCUAGGUUUAAUGUAACAGUCAACGGUCGUGUUCAUCCUCAUUCUCAUCACCAUCAACAACAUCCACACAGAACACAUGACUUUUCGCGAAUUACUAUUCGAACACCAAAUAUACGUCUACCUCGUAAUCGAAUACCAUUUAGUCCUGUUAUCUCAACAGGUCAUAUUGAUGGCAAUAUUUUGUCUGGUGUGAAUGAUGUACAACGAAAAUUAGCUGCACUUACAUUACGUUUAGAACAAGAACUUGAAGCUGAAGCAACAGUUGGUGAAUAUUACGGACAAUGUACUAAGUGUGGUCAAUCUGUGACUGGUUCAUCUGAAGCUUGUCAAGCUAUGGGUGAACUCUAUCAUAAUGAUUGUUUUAAAUGUGUCGUAUGUUCUCGAACAUUACGAGGAAAAGCAUUCUAUCGUGUACAUGAUCAAGUCUAUUGCGAAGAAGAUUAUUUGUUUACUGGCUUUCAACAAACAGUAGAAAAAUGCCGCAUUUGUGAUCAUCUUAUCAUGGACAAGAUGCUCCAAGCUCUUGGUAAUAGUUAUCAUCCAGGAUGUUUUCGUUGCUCAGUCUGCAAUGAAUGUCUUGACGGUCUUCCAUUUACUGUCGAUAAGGAACGACGUUUGUUUUGUUUAUACGAUUACCACAAUACCUAUGCUCCACGAUGUGCUAAAUGUGCUUAUCCAAUUUGUCCCGAAGAAGGUUCGGAUGAAACAACUCGUGUGAUUGCUAUGAAUAAAAAUUUUCAUGUUGAAUGUUAUCGAUGCGAAGAUUGCCAAUGUAAGUUAAGUGAUGAAAAAACAAUAGCUGUAUUGGGUGGUUGUUGUCCACUAGCAGAUGGUACAUUAUUAUGUUAUCGAUGUCAUAUGUGUCGUAAUACUAACGAUAACUAA